AUCCAAGCGAAAUAUCGAUAAUAACGUCAUCGCGCACUGUCGAAGGCAGCUCAGCCCUAAAAGAAAGACAGAAAGAAAGAAGAAAGGAAAGGCAAAUAAAAAAUAAUAGAGACAUUGGCCAACUCGGACCAGUCUUGUGGUCACAGGAUCCUACUAUUUAGGGAGACCACAGCUUUCGCGGGACACAAACACACACACAGCGACCAUUUCGCACGGCCAAGUAAACCGCAUAAAUGAAAUGUCAUCAUGUCAUUGUAUGUGUGGUGACCAACUGAUAUAGAAUAAUAAACUAAACCAGCGCAGAGAAAACUUAAGCCAACAGCUAUUUCGGAUAGGAUUUUCCAUAGCCCCGAACCUAUCAAAUGGGCAACUUUGUCAGCAGACAGAACGCGGCGGUGGAGGAGGCGGAUCCGAGCACGAAUAAUGCCUACAAGUACCCACCGAGAAUGGGUAACUUCUUUGGCACCCACUUCAUCAUGGGCGGGGAGCGCUUCGACACGCCCCAACCGGAAUCGUACUUGUUCGGCGAGAAUGCGGAUCUCAAUUUCCUGGGCAAUCGGCCCACAGCUUUUCCGUAUCCCCCACCGCAGGCCAAUGAGCCCACAAAGACCCUAAAGAGUCUGGUUAACAUUCGCAAGGAGUCGGUGCGUUUCGUCAAGACGCUGAACGACAAGAAGAUGGGCGGUGUACUGGAAAAGCCCAAGAUGAAGGAGAUUGACCGGGAUUUGGAUCUGGACAAGGAGAAGUCCAAUGUGACCAUCGAGGAUGUGGAUGGAAAUGUGCUCUGCUCGAUGGGUUUGGGUGGCGGGGAUGCCGAUUUGACGCCGCCUCCGCCACCCUGCUCUUACAACAUCGAGUUCACCUUUGACUCGGACGCCAAGUGCGCCAUUACCAUUUACUACUUCUGCUCGGAGGACGUCAGUCCCAGCGGCGUGACGCUUGUGCCACGCGAAGGUCUCACCUCGGAGACGUAUCACUACGAGAAGGGCAUCAAUCAGUGCUUCUCGCAGCCGAGUCAUGUCUUCAAUCCGCAGCAGAUGCCCGAGGAUGAGCUGGGCUAUAGUCCCGGUCGAGAACAGUAUCCGGUGGCCAUCCACUGUGUGGUGGAGGAGGGCAGCGACGAGUGUCGGCAAUCGCACACCACCAUCUGUGUGAUCGAUCAUCAUCCGGAGAACGGUAGCUAUGUGCUCCGUGCACUGAAACAAAAGAUCUUUGUGGAUGGCUUGUGCUACCUGCUGCAGGAGAUCUACGGCAUCGAGAACAAGGCAGUGAACAAGACGUCUCUGGACGAGGAGAUCGACGAUCAUGGCAGCGAGUGUGUCAUCUGUAUGAGUGAGACCAGGGACACGCUCAUCCUGCCCUGCCGCCAUCUCUGUUUGUGCAAUUCGUGUGCGGACUCUCUGCGCUACCAGGCCAACAACUGUCCCAUCUGUAGGGCUCCGUUUCGGGCGUUGCUUCAGAUCCGUGCUGUCCAGAAGGGAAUUAGCACGCAUGUGCUGCACCAGAACACGCCCACAUCGGGGGCCGGGGAGCCAGCGCCAGUAGAUGUGCCGCAGGGAUAUAUUCCAGUCUCACUGAUUGAGGCACUCAACGGACCGCCACAGUAUGUGGCCAGGGCCAGGAACAGCGAACACGAUAUCACGGACUCCGCUGCCACCGUGGCCGCUUCGACAAUGACCAGUGCUGACAUCAAGGCCACAUCGCCGAUCAAGUCCAGCAGCCAGCGCCGACCGAAGAUCAAGAAGAACGCCUCGACGUGUACGUCGACCAGUGAGGUGGGCACCAUUACCAAUCAAUCAGGCGGCGGCAAUGGCAACGGGUCAUCCACACACUCUGUGGAGAUUGAAAGCGAUCCGAAGAAAUCCAGCACGGCCACCUGUACUUCGCCAACUUUGGGGGCAUCGACUUCACCGGAAGGGAAACAGGACAAGCUGCAGAUCGUCAACGAACGAAAGUAUCCCAGAUCCACAGCCGGAUCGGGUGGCGAUGGCUCUGCGGGUACUGAUGACGAUGUGGACAGUGAGAACGAGAAGCUAUCGCCUCUGCUAUCACCCGGCAGCAAGAGCAAGAAUGUGUCUAGCAAAUCGCUGAAGCAGGUUGUAGCUUGCCUGGAAGCGGAUGAUGUCGAUAAUAAGAGCAGCAGUGGCGAUGGGCCGACCGAUGAGUCCAGCCUGAAGAAGGGUUCGUCGCUGAAGCGCACCAAACCAAGGCCAGAACUUAGCGGAAGCGGGGCACCCUCGCCGUCCGAGGCCACGGCCGAGGAUUCGGAUUACUACACGCCGGAGGAUACUCAGAACUCGAUAUUAAGCCCACUGUGCCCCACGGAGCGAGCCAAAAGCGGCGAUCCCCUUGGUGCCGGUAGCCUUGGCAAUGGCGGUCUUAGCGUGGGCAGGAGUGCAGGAUCGGUUGGCGGACAAGCUGGAGUGGGACCCGUCGUUGUGGGCUUCAGCAGUGCGGUCAAGAAAAACCUACACAAAAAGUCCACAUCGGUGGGCAAUAUGGUGGGCUCCGGAUCGGUGACUACGGUUGUGGAUUUGAAGUCUAACAACGUGAGCUCCCUGCCAGACAUGUUGGAUAGCCCAAUCAGCGGGAACUCGGCCUCGACGCGCAGCUCCAGUGAUAGCUACUCCUCCAGCUCGUCCACCAAGCAGCUGCUCAGCUCCAAUCCGACCACUACGGCGGCCAACAUUAUCGUGGAUGACAAGACAGCUCUGCAGAAUGCCGUCAAUGUUUAGAGCCGGUCUCAGUUGAAUUGUGCGGAAUUUUUAGCGUUUCGUUUUCUCGUUUUAGCCUUGCGUUUAUUCUAUUUAUUCGUAGUCACCUAGACUUAGUUAAAUCAAUGCUGCUUCCCCGCCCGCAGGAACAAAUAUUUUGAGGAUUAUAGUUAUGAUCAUGAUGAUGAUGGAGGAGGUGGAGGAGUAGCAAGUAGAAAGGCCACCAGGACACAACACUUAACCAGUAUACAGUACAUAUACACAAGCACCACAGACACGAAAAGACACACGUCCCACAUGCAUGUGUACGUAGUUUAAUCUAGCAUAAUGGCUUGGGUAUAUAACAAAUAAAAUAAAACCAAUAAACAACGGCGUCUAGGGCGCUGCAUUCCACAGAAAAAAUCGAACUAAAGUAGUUAAAUGUGCCAAUAGGCGGUAUGG